AGAGCUCUACUGAAAGCAAUUAAAUAGUGAACUUAUAAUAUAAAACUCCAAACAAUGGAGCUGCAAAUAUGCCGAUUGUGCUUGCGCGGCUCCAAACAUGAAGAAAUGUUGAGUAUUUUCGACAAAAGCAGACAACAUAAUCAGAAUCCAAACGUUGCAAAUGUGCUUCGCCAACAUUUUUGGUUUGAGGUAGUGCCGAAUGACGAAAUAUCAAAUGUCGUGUGCAAUGUUUGUUGGACACAGGUGUCUGAGUUUCACCAAUUUUAUGUGUCGAUACAAGAGGCGCAGGCAAUUUACGCGACCACAUCAAAAUUUAAGCAGGAUCCAGAACUAGCCAAUACGUCAUGGCCAGAGGAAGUAAUGUUGCCGGCUGAUGUUUUAGCGGUGGACACUGCUAACACGCAGCUUAAUGUUAAUCCGCUUGAUGAACUAGAGGUACCGACUAAUUUAAUAUCGGAUGAGGACAACAAGGUAGAUAUAAAACUGGAGAGGCAAUCACCUGAUCUGGAUGAUCGCGAGCCUUGUCCUGACUCCCCUGGGGACGAGAGCAAUGAUAAUGAAGAACACGUUGUUGUGACACGAAGUGGCAGGGGCAGAGGUAGACCGCGCAAGCAUGAGAAAGUUGAUCUUCCUCCAAAGAAAAAAAGAGCACCAAAGGGAACAGUCAAACCCAGGGAAAAGCGGGGGCCAACAGAACGGAAGCUGUUCAAAAAACAAAAAUGGCCGCCAUUCUGCAAAGAGGACGAAGAAAUAAUACGAAAAUAUAUUGUAAUGGGCUGUGAGCUGUGUAUAUUUUUGGCAGAAGAUUUCGAAGGCAUUAGGGAGCAUUUUAAGGAGAAGCACGAAGGUGAACGGCCGUACAUAAAGUGCUGUGGGCGUAAACUAAACAAACGCUGCCUAAUCGUCGAACAUGCGCGGCGACAUGAAAACCCCGAAUACAUAAAGUGCAAUGAUUGUGGCAAAGUUUUUGCUAAUUCCAGUGUCCUGCGUGCGCAUUGGCUUGUUCAUCAUGUGCCGCCCUCCGAAUGCGAUUACCAGUGUGACGAGUGCGGAAAACGCUUUUCGCGAAGGAAUCUGCUCGAGUUGCAUAAAGGCUCUCACGUGCCUGCAGACCAGCGCAAAUUCAUAUGUCAAGAAUGUCCAAAACAUAACGCAUUUGCCACUGAAUAUCAUCUGCAAGUUCAUCGGAGCAUGCAGCAUAGGAAAGCUGCCAACAUAUGCGAUGUUUGUGGAAAAACAAUAAAGGAUAAGGCAGUUUUCGAAAAGCAUGUACGCCUCCAUUUUGAGGAAAGUGGGCCCCGCAUCAAAUGUCCUCGUCCGGAUUGCGAGAGUUGGCUCAAGGACGAGGAUAACCUCAAACAACAUUUGAGGCGUCACAACGAUGAAGGCAAACUGUUUAUUUGCACUGAGUGUGGCAAAAGCUGCAAAAAUUCACGCGCCCUCAUUGGCCAUAAACGUUACUCACACUCAAACACCAUCUACACAUGUGAGCAGUGCGGCAAGACAUUUAAGAAGGACAUUAGCUUAAAGGAGCACAUGGCUCAACAUACUGGUGAACCACUUUACAAGUGCCCGUUCUGCCCACGCACAUUCAAUUCAAACGCUAACAUGCAUUCACAUAAGAAGAAAAUGCAUCCAGUGGAAUGGGACAUUUGGCGGAAAACCAAAACUGGUAGCUCCCAGAAAGUACUACCUAGCGCACAGGUGGCCCAAAUGUUCAGAGAUGAUGCCGAAGCAUCAAUUGUGCACGAUUACAAUGUUUAGCGAAUAUCGGUUGAAUUCUGACAAGAGAGAAAAUCCUUCUAAUUGGAUGUUGGUUAGAUAAAAGUUUUGUUAAUGCCAAUCCAGAAAUGUAGCUAAACCAGUGAGCUAACAAACUUAAUCGGUCAAGCCAAUAUAUUGUUGCUCUCUGAUAGAAAGGGUAA